AUAGUAGCAAGUUGAACCUGGAGGCACAAAGAUUGUCCGCUUCCGAAGCUAUCAUUCCUAAGGAGUCCUACAAAACCAUUCCGGAGGACAUAGAUCACCAGCAUAAGGUUGACGUUGAGGGACUAGAAAACGGUCUGUGUGAUCUUUUGUCACAUUGUGUCUUUUGCAUGGGUAUUAUCAUCUUUUCUAUCUUUAAUUUUCUAACUAUAUUUUAUUUCUAAUUUCCUAUCUGCUCUGCCUCUUUUUGCUAUAUUUUCCACCACGUCAAUGCGCACAGUGUGUCUAUCUUCCUAGUCGUGUGACGUGGGUCUCUCUGUGAGAUGAUCUCGUGAUUGAGAAUAACCUACAGUGGUCACUCAAUGGAUUUCUUCAUACAACAAUGUCCGGAAAAUUUAUGGAAGAUGUCAUAUUUUGCAUGGAUUGCAUCAGAAAAUUGACGCAAAUAGCAGGAAGGACUUUUGCCCUAAAUCCCCAUUUACUGUCUGGUCCAAAUCCAUUAGCACCACUGAAGGUUAUUCUCACGAUAUUUUAUCUCACUUAUCACUUUUUUCAGACAUCUCUUCUUCUUUUUUUCUUCCUCACCACCAGUUCUCGUAGAUACCGUAGAUUGUUUGUCUUCCUCAUGUACAGCUUCUCCCGAACUUUGCAUCUCCUUCUUCCCCUAUGCCCCCUCAACCUCUCCCAAAAAAGUAUAUUCUAUCAGCUUUUGUACAAAGCCAAGUGAUAAUUGUUUCCAACAACUCUAUCAGCUUCUCUGUCCUCUCAGCUUAAUUUUCGUCACACCAGUUAUUUGCUUGAGUAGUUCGGCGAUUCACAAGAUUGCUGUGAAUCGUGCUCUUCCAGUAGAGCAUCCUUAUUAGAGCCAAUUGGGAUUUGAAGUUUCCCUUCUUCAAUUUAUUGUAUAAUAUUUUAUUCACAGAGAUCCAGGAGGGUUGGUCAUUGAGAAACUCUGAACCAUAGAGAUUUUGUAACUUGAUCUUGAUGCAACCCAAAAAAGGGCAUGCUAUAUGAGCUUCUGUUAUAUCAAAAUUAAUUUUUAGAAGUGUAUUGGUUUUAUCCUCUCUUGUAAAUUUUUGCAAAUGGUCAGUUAGAUUUUUCGGAAAACCGUAAGCCCCUAUUAUCUCUUAUUAGGCUUAUUAGCACAAAAUGAUUCAUGGACUAAACGGAAUAUAAUCUGCUAAAUAAGAUAUCACGACAAUCACCAUAAAGUAUUAAAUUUCGAUAAUUUAAAUUAAAUCCAUAUAAGUUACUUCAGUUUGAAUAUGAUUUGCUUAUUUGCUUUUAUACAUAGAAUUACCACGAAUAAGCUGAGAUAUUAUAAAAUAAAUUGCUGAAAACAGCUGAAGAUGGUUUUUUUUUGUUAGCCAAGUCGAAGCAAGAAAGCAAAUUUCUUUACAGAAAGUCUGCGACGUAAGAGCAUAUUUGGUACUUUUUUUUAGGCAAGUUAUGAAAAAAAAAUAUAGAAAAACUGUAAAGAAAUGAAGCUUCAGAGAAACUGAAAAUUUCAAUUGAUCGAGAUCUUUAGAAAAUAUUGAUCUAGUAAGGGAAAUAGUCCAAAUAUUUCAAGGGAUUGAACUCCUUCCGGACCGGAAACGUCAGGGGUGUGUUGUAAUUCUUUUAUGACAGGACAACACAGAAUUCGUAUAGAAAAUCGUGUUUAAAUGUUUAAAAUCAGUUAUUUAAAUAUUUAGAAAGUCCUAUAUGCAGGUUCUAGGGUGGAGGUUUACCUGUGCUCUCGCAGGUCUCGUUUGUCUACUAAACUGAUAAGGGUUUAUAAUGAUUUUUCAGCAUCUUAUUGAUUAACUGUCCUUAAUAUCUAAACCAAAAUCAAAAUUUUUCCAAAAAUAUCUUCUGUGAGGAAAUGAAGAAAAUUAAGCCAUAGAUCUGAAGAGCGUUUUAGAAAUCCAUAUAACAUGUUAGCUAUGUUAGCUUUAUUUUUUUUAUGUCGAUGAGGAUUAUCUUUUAUUUUAUUUUAUUUAUUUAUUUAUUUCAUAUACUGCUUUUGAGCUAGCGAACUUGAAAGCAAAAAUUUGACGGAUGUAUUCAAUGAAUUUAAUGUUUGUGUAAUAGUGGCCACCGGCGUCUUAUGCCCUAGACCUAGACACACUUACGACUUAAGCCGAGAGACGACUUAGUGGAAAAUGAUGGAAAUGCAUUUUAACCAUUAUUUGUAAUAUAAUUACGCUAAGCCGUCUCUCAGCUAAUCCUCAGGCUGUCAAGGCCCUUAGCGUUGAUAACCAAUCUCCAGAGUAUAAUGAUGGGAGACUCUUUAAUUUUUUUUUGUGCUUUAGAUAAAGGAGAAAAUGAAAAUAAAAGAGCUUUAGCAUAAAAAAUAUAAAAGGGUCUAUUAUAAGGUUGUUCAGCAAUUCAGUUUUGAAAUUCAGGUCCAUUCUGGAUUUAUGCGUUCACGAUUUUAGUUUCCGGGAUUAUAACCAGGGCACGAUUUUUCUAUUUACUGGGCCGUAUAAUUUAAAAAUGAUUCAUUAUUUUUAUAAUCAGACAUAUUAAAAUGAGUUAGCACGUGAUUUUUUUUUCGUGGGUAAGAGCAAGAAAUCUUACCACAUAAAACAUCUAUUAGAUCCUUAAUUUUUUUUAUUUAAAGCUUUAUGAUGCAUAUUAAUUUUUUUUUCUAUGAUAGAUGUUGAAGUGAUAAAGAAUAUACUAAUUACAUCUUAAUAAUUGUCAAUCUAAAAAAAACUGUGCAAGAUGUUAAAAAUUCAUUGUAAUAAAUUUCCGUAAUUUCCCAUCCUUUUACAAGUGAAGAUAGGAAAAUUAACACUAAAUCUAUCGAUGCCAACCGUUUUGUGUGUUUUUUCCUAGCUCGCUCGGUUAAAUGACAGGUCACGGUAGGUUAGGAUACUCAAUAAAUUUUUCUUGAAGAAGAGGAAAAAAUAAUUUUAAAAAGUUUUUAAACCAGUCAAUUUGACCGGUCUGGGUAGGUUUAGUGUUAAAAAGAACGUCCUAGUACUUAAAUAUUUUUUCGCUAAUCUGUUGUAAUUUUUUACCGUUCCGUUAAUAUGGAUUUAAGAUCAUUUAUUUGGUCUUUCAUAGAGGAUUUUAAACGGGAGAAAAUGUAGUCUGAGAAAUUAAAUAAUGCAGUUCUACUACAUAAAAAAGUAGAUCUCUAUUAAAUACUUAAGCAGACCUUUAAUUCCCCGUUCAAGAUAAAUUUUAACUUUUAAUAAUUUUAAAACUUACAAAGAUCAAAUAAUCACGAGAUACAUUUUCUGAGCAAUGACCAUCCCUCUGCGGAGAUGCAUAAAUCUCACUGCGCAAAUAUUUAUUGUGACUGUGUAUUUUUCUCUCCCUGACGAAAACAGUGAUAAGCGAUUCAGUGAAAAAUUCCAAUAUGGUGCGUGAGAAGGUGGAUAUGUCUGAGGAGGGGGCUGACGAGAAGAUGUUAGGGACUGGAGAUGAGGAGCAGCAGAAUCUGGCCAAGAAGGAAGAGGUGAAAUUUAUCAGUGGUGACCAGCAAAAUGGCGAUGCAAAGAUUGAUAUUGGGACAGUGGACAAGACAUUCACGGGAAUGACCAAGGAAGAGCUCAUGAAGUAUGCCAAUGAUCCGUUCUGGGUCCGUUUGCGCUGGUUCCUGUUCAUCUGCUUCUGGGGUCUGUGGGCAGGGAUGUUGAUUGGGGCUGUCUUGAUCAUUAUCUAUGCGCCAAAAUGUGCAGCUCCUGAGCCACUGUCGUGGUGGAAACAGGGACCAUUGGUGAAGAUUGAUACUCCAACGCCUGAUGAUUCUGUUGUAGAGGCUAUUAGGACUCUGGGUGUUAAGGGUGUUAUUUAUGAAGUUCCCGCCGAUGAAACCUACAAUAUAGCCAGUGAACCAGCUAUUUCGGAUGCUCUGAAGAAACUCGCUGGUGCUUUCACUGCUUUUGGCAUCAAUUUGAUUGUCGAUCUUACACCGAAUUUUGUUACGCGUCAAGAUCCAUUGUUCCAGAAGGCCAUGAACAAUCCCGAGGCGAGAAGUGCAUUUGUAUGGCGCGAAGGCAAUCAGGUGCCGAAUAAUUGGAGGUCAUUAGUAAAUGGAAGUGCUUGGACGAAUGAAGGUGGUCAAAUAAUCCUCCAACAAUUUGGACCUGAUCGCUUUGAUCUGCAACUCAAAGAUCCCUUGGCUCUGGCCAAGCUCAAGGGAGUUCUGAAGGAGGUGGUUGGCCUAGGAGUAAAGGGUAUCCGCCUAGCCAAUACGAAGCAUUUUAUCAUUGAUGAAAGUCUGACCGACGAUGGACCAUCAAAUAAUCCCUAUUACGAUCACACACACUAUGGUUUCUGGACACAUGCACAUACAACGUAUCAAGAAGGAUUGGGAGAAUUGCUGUACGAUCUCAAGGCUUACGUUCACAAUCUCACUGAAUCUCAGGGAUUCCUCGCUGCUUCCGAUGACAUUGAUCGUCCGGAAGUUUAUAUGUCCAAGAAUGGACUUCAGUCCCUGGACAUGAUUCAACUGGGACGUGUUCCAAAUCUCCUAGCUAACAGCACAACAGCUGAUCAUCUCUAUCGGGAGCUGAGGAAUGUAUGGGAGAGUACAGUUGAGGCAGGGAAGCAUUUCUGGCUUCAGUGGAAUUAUGUGAAACAGGAGUUCUUGAAGCAUAUCACAAUAUCAGAGUACAAUAUAUUCCUUCAGCUGAUCCCUGGAGUUCCUGUGUUCAAUGUAGAUGCUCCCAGGGCGAAGCCACAGGAUUUCUCUACGGAGACUUUCCAUAAGAUUCGUACUUCACCUUCCUACAUGCACGGGAGCUUUGAUCUCUACAAAGAUGUCAACAAUACUGUCAUCGGAUAUUCCAGGACAAAAUCUGGCAAUCCGGGCUUCUUUGUGGUGCUCAAUCCAACUGAGCAUCACGUUGAUGCCAAUUUCUCAAAUGUUGUUGGGAUAGCGGAAGAACUAACGAUCCAUACAACAAGUUCCAACUACAAUGUCACCGAUGUGGCUGUGAAAGCUAAAGUGCUCAGUUCAGCUAUUCCUGUGUCAGGAUAUUCAGCUAUGAUCCUCACUUACGUCCCUAAAGCCUAAAGGCUGCGAAGAUGUAUCAAGAAGGUCAUGAUCAUUCUCCAGUGGUUCAUGUGUAAUCCGAUGAACUUUUACCCUUUUAGUGUUUACAUCGGAUUUUUAAGCUCUAGCUUCGAGAAUUUUUGUUGCUUCGCUUAGAAUUUUUAGUUUCUCAGAAAAAAAUACAAUGGAACAAGCAUAC